AAUAAAUUAAAUAACAUAAUAUGUCCCAAUUCCUCCGAUUUGGAGGGAUUAAAAACAAAGGAGGAGAGGGGACUCCAUCUCCCUCCAUCUCCUUCCCCUCCAUUAAAAUUUUUUACCCAAACAAGUGAAGGUGUUCUCUCCCCUCACUCUCCUCUCCUUCCCUCCCAACAUCCCCAAUCCAAACAAAGUGUUACAGUGGCCUUUUCUCCCCACCUGUACCAUUGCGUUCUUGGCAUGUGACAUUACAUUCUUUUUUUCCCAACCCAGUGCCCUUUUCUCUGCCCAAAAGGAUUUUCUUGGUUUCAAAGAAAAUGAGCCACCCCCUAACCUCCCAGGAGGAUGAAAAGAGGAAAAGAGAUAAAAGAGUGGGUAAACAUCACCAACUUGACAAUCUGCAGAAAAUACUGCAGUUUUCAAAGACAUUCUGUAGGUUCUCCUCUGGUUAAAUUCCUUGAGCAUCCUCACCUACCAACCACGGUAAACUAUCAUGUUUAAUGGGAUUUCAUAAUCAUUUUUUAGUUUAAAGUUUUUCACUCAAAAACAAUAUAAGAAGCCACUUUCUCUACUAAAUGAAGAAUUUCAAAAUCA